AUUAUUUUUCUUUCUUUCUUUUUUAAAGAAACCCCAAAACAAGAUAUAAAAUCUUUGUUUUUAUCUUCAUGUGUGUGUUGAUGAGAUGAGAUGAGAUAUGGGUGUUUUGGGAGUUCUUGGGUUUCUUCUGUUGUGAGAUGAUGCUGCAGUUAACCAUUGCUGUCAUUUGAAGUUCGCAUGGAUCAUAGUUACUUUUGUUUUUCUUGCUUAAUUUGGUCACUAGUGCAGAAGAGGUAGCUAGCCUCGGAGAUUUUUGUACUAGGAGAAGAUACAUAUACCCUUAUCAGACUGCUGCAGGUCUCUCUUUUUGUUCUUUAGGUACUUGUAAGUAUCGUGGACAAAGUGUGCAUGUGAUCUCUUUAGUAUGUUUUGCAUAACAGUUUUGUGCUGUAUUGGAUUUUAGUGCGUAUGUUUUGUCUCUUUAUUUUUGGUUCUCUUCACUGAGAAUAAUGGAGUGUGUUAGCACGUGAAAUUUCCAUGUUUCUGCUGUGUCUUUAAUUAAUCAUUGUAGGUAAAUUGCAUCAUGAUCGUGUUUCAAGACUCCAUGGAGAGACUGAGGCCUCUUGUGGGUUUGAAGGGCUGGGAUUAUUGUGUUCUUUGGAAAUUGAGCGAUGACCAAAGGUUUCUUGAAUGGAUGGAUUGCUGUUGUGGUGGAAAUGAGAACACACAAAAUGGUGGAGAAGAACUUCAAGUUCCAGUCUCUUCUUCAUCUGUCGUGCCUUGCAGGGAUGUCGUCUUUCAGCAUCCAAGAACUAAAUCUUGUGAACUUCUUUCCCAGCUGCCUUCUUCAAUUCCCUUAGACUCUGGGGUUCAUGCACAGACCUUGUUAUCAAACCAACCCAGAUGGCUAAAUUUUUCUAAUAGUUCUGAUUCAAGUGUUCUUGAAGGAACAGUUGGAACUAGGGCUUUGAUACCAGUGGCUGGAGGACUAUUAGAGCUGUUUGUUACUAAACAAGUAUCUGAAGAUCAAAAUGUCAUAAAUUUUGUAACAUCUCACUGCUGCAUAUUAAUGGAACAAGAAGCCAUAAUAAACUCAACCAACAUGGAUUCAGGUUUCGCAGUUAAUGUCAACAUGAUAAACGAACAACAAUCGAAACCAUUUCUAGCUGAUGAUACUGAAAAAAAGGAUCAUCAGAUGAAUCAAUUCCAGGCUCCAGUUUCCCCAGCAACAGCGUUAGAGAAUUUGAAUCUGCCAUAUGAUAUCUCUGCUGAUCGAAUCCAUCUAUUUAGUCCUCCAAUGAACUUCUUACAGCAAUUCAAUUACAAUGAUCAGGAAAACAAGAAUAAAAAUGACAUAUUUUUUGAAGGUGCGGCAAAUGGGCUGCAAGAUAUGGAUGCAUUGCAGAAAUCCAUGAUGAUGAACAAUACAGAAGGCAUGCACAUGAAGUUUAUGGAAUCCUCUGCAAACAAGGAGCAACAAGCGAAUGAUAAGGACUCGGUAAAACAGGAGAAUGGGAGAUCGGAUUCAAUCUCGGAUUGCAGUGAUCAGAAUGAUGAUGAGAACGAUGCCAAGUAUAGGAGGAGGACAGGAAGAGGGCCUCAAGCUAAAAAUCUUCAUGCUGAGAGGAGGAGAAGGAAAAGGCUUAAUGGAAGACUCUAUGAUCUCCGAGCUUUGGUUCCCAAAAUUUCAAACCUGAAUAAGGCUGCCAUACUUGGAGAUGCAAUUGAAUUUGUGAAGGAGUUGCAGAAGCAAGCCAAAGAACUACAAGAUGAGCUUGAAGAGCAUUCAGAUGAUGAAGGUGCUAAAAAUGGUGGUAGCCACAACAACAACAACAACAUCGCACCAGAAAUUCUGAAUCAAAAUGGAGGUUUCGUGAAUGGGUUUGAUGUGGGGGCAUCAGAAGUUACCUGCUCCAAACUAAAUCACAAAUCAGAAAUUUCUCAUGACAAGGGACAACAGAUGGAGGUCCAAGUGGAAGUGGCUCAAAUAGAUGGAAAUGAGUUCUUUGUAAAGGUUUUUUGUGAGCACAAGCCUGGAGGGUUUGUGAGGUUGAUGGAGGCUUUGGAUUCUCUUGGCUUAGAAGUUACCAAUGCCAAUGUAACCAGCUUCAGAGGCCUUGUCUCAAAUGUUUUCAAAGUAGAGAAGAAGGACAGCGAAAUGGUUCAAGCAGAUUAUGUGAGGGACUCAUUGUUAGAGCUAACAAGAGACCCACCAAGAGGAAUGUGGACAGAAAUGGCAAAAGCUUCAGAAAAUGGCGGUGGCAUGGACUAUCACCACCACCACAAUCACCACCAUCAGCUGCACAAUGGCCAUGUCAAUUCUAAUCACCACCAUCUCCACCACCUUCAUAGUUGAUCGAGCAUAGUUUCUGGAUCUCACAUUUUAUAUGAUAAAUGUUAGUGCUACCUUAAAUAUUAACUAUAACUUCUGUCAUAUUCCUCAUGUUUGCUGAAAACAUUGAAUAAGAUGGAAAUUGGAUCGGAAUCGGUCAA